AAAGAACGUAGUAGUGAUCACUCCACUUUCUUUUUAAAGAAAGAUAGAAUAUUGCUAUUUUCGUCGGUAAUUAAUAUAACGUAACUAGGGUUUAUUACUAAGAAUUCUAAUGUAAUGUUUCCAAUAAUUAUUCUAUGAAUUUGGUAGUAAAUUUCGUGUAAUAAAGUAAUGUUCUUCAUUUGCGUUUGGGUUGUGAGACUGUAGAUUAUAUAUUUUGUCAGAAAUGCAACACACGAUUUGGAGUCUCUCCUCUAAUUUUGUCGCAAAUCGAUACUUUUCACGUUUGUUAAUUUCUCCAUGGUAUAAUGUAUCUACGGUUUCGUCGUUAAAUGAAAUGUCAACAGAGGCUGCAGUGAAACCUACAAAUGAUAUCAUCAUUACUGACAGCUGUGUCAAACGUUUAAAGGAAAUUACAAAUGAUAAUGCUUAUUUAAGAGUGACGGUAGAAGGUGGAGGCUGUUCCGGUUUUCAAUAUAAAUUUGAUUUGGAUACAAACAUAAGCGAAGACGAUAAAAUAUUUCAAAAGGAUGGUGCUAAAGUGGUUAUAGACUCGACAUCUUUAGAAUAUAUUAAAGGAGCAUCGAUAGAAUAUCACACAGAAUUAAUACGCUCUGCAUUUAGGAUAACAAAUAAUCCUUUAGCUGAACAAGGUUGUAGUUGUGGUGCUAGUUUUUCAAUUAAAAUGUAAUAGUUUCUUUACAUACAGGUUGUUAAACAAAAGUAUUUUAAGACUUUAAGAAUUUAUAGUACUCAGCGGGAGAAGUAAAAAAUGCCCAAUCAACAUAGGUUUAAAGGUUAAUGCUUUUGACGAAUAAUUGACAUUUAAUAUGUAAGAAUAUUCAAUAAUGUGAGUGAGUAUCUCUAUGAUGCAUUGAAUAUGAAUAGAAAAAUUGAUUCAGAAGUAUGAUUUAAAGUUAUCAACACAAGAUUAUUAGAUUAACGGUAACCAAGCUUACUUUAUAGCCUCAAAUGUAAUACAAAUCUUUAUCACAGUGAGUGUUUCAUGUGUCUUCCCUCUGUUACAAUGCAAAGUUCUUAUUGAUGAAUCAUUGAUCGACAUACAUCUACAAGUAUUCUUUCCGAAUCUCGUAUUGUUUGUUUCUACAUUAUUUAUGGGCCAUUUCCAUGUUUGAAUAAUGAACGGCCAUUGUUAACAAUACGAGAAUAACGCUUUCACUUUAUCACGCUGAAUGCUAAAUGAAAACUGAAAAUUUUUAUUAUAUUUGCAUCUAUAAAGUAAGCUUUGUUAAUGCUAAUUUAAUAUUCUUGCGUACUGUGCUCCGUUGAGUUGAAGUCCCGCGGGACGGCACAGGGGCAAGAGGAGUCGGACCGUCUAUCUACCUAUCUCGCUCCCUUACACUCAGGCAGUCCACAUGUGUGUGUAACCGCCGCGACGAAUAGCGAAUAGAGCUCAAUGGUACGUGAGAAUACGUGCAUCCUUUUUACUUUUCUCGCACUCUUGCUACAGGACUUCAAGUCAGCGGAGUACAGUGCCUUGAACGUACUUUUGAAUCAAUUUCUCUAUUUACAUUCAAUGCAUUGCAAAGAAACUCACUCACGUUAUCAAACAUUCUUAGAUACUAAAAGUCGAUUUUUCAUUAAAAGGAUUGACUUUUGGACCUAUGUUGAUUAGACAUUUUUUACUCCUCUCGCCGAGUACUAUAAGUCCUUAAAUUCUCAAAACACUUUUUUUAAACACCUUGUAUAGUAUAUCAAAAUUUAGAGCAAAGAGAUAUAGAUUGUAUUU